AUGCAUCCUGGGUAUAAAGACGACUCUGAUGCUGCAACCCACCAACUGUCUAUCAUAAUAAGAUAUGUAUAUGAAGACAAAACAUAUGAACGAUUUCUUGGAUUCUAUGAAGCCAGUGAUGAUAAAAGUGCUACAAGAUUGGCUGAUGUGAUCGCAACUGCAUUGAACCCCUUCAGUGAUGCUACAGAUAAAUUAGUGAGCCAGACUUACGAAGGAGCAGCUGUAAUGACAGGAACGCUAAACGGAGUACAGAGCAAGUUAAGGGAUAAAGAAUUUAAACACGCGAACUUCAUUCAUUACUUUGCGCUUAAACUUAACUCAAUCUUGAGUAAAAGUGCAGAGAAGAAUUCUCUUAUAUCUGAGAAGAACAAUGCCCCAAGAACGGCUGCCUUCAUUAGCUCGUAUUUCCAUCGAGAGAAGUAUUUUGAACGACUUGGAGAACAAGAAGGAGCUGCAUGA